UAUAAGACGUGAUAAAUUGAUAAAAAAUUUUACUUAGAUGAGGUCUUGGCGGAAGUAAAUUAUUAUUACAUAACGCUUAUAAGUCGAAAUCGUGGACACCGCGAGGCUAUAACGCAUGCGUUGCUACGCAACCAGACAGUAAACACUUCCCGGCAACGUGGCACUGUGACGUGGCGGUGUUACGCAAACAGGUACUGUGACGUCACAGGUACCAGUUGCUGGAGUAAAAAGCAGAACUGCAGACCGCUGCGGACCGAGUUGUGACGGUUGUGACGGUUGUGACAGUUGUGUUCACAGAAGGCAGUCGUUACCCAGCAAGGAGAGGACUGAGGCAACAAGCAGAAUCAUCAUUUCCGGAAGCCAUUACUACAAACAGUGAGGUUUAAUUGAUGACUAUGGACAAUACGCAGCAAACAGAGAAGGAAAGUCCGGAGGAGGGAUUUGAUUUCUUCUUUCUCCACGUACAGAAGAAGGUGCAAGAAAGGGGGGCUCCCUUCAUCAGUGAGAUGGCGGCCUCGAUGUGGGAGCACAUGGCAGCGGACGAGAGAUGGGGCUAUGAGGAACAGGCCCGAAACAAGGAGCACAGACUGAGCCACGUGGAUUUUAGUAACGCAUUUCGGCCACGGAGGACACACUGCGCAUGGCUUGAGCGACUGCUGAACCAGGCAAACAGACAGAACAGGAUGUUCAGAGAGAUAGAAGAAACUGUACGCUCGCUCAAACACCACAACUCACUGAAAACCCACCUGUUCCACCUGGUGCACGUCAACUACUGCUGCAAGGAUCGCAGUGGCAGGUACCUGGGCUGUGAAAUUGCUCUCGUUGAGUUCAGUUUUGUGGACGGCGUUACGAAUAAUUUCCAUGCAUUCAUUAACCCCGGUGACAUUCCUCUUGGCUACGCUUCUCAGGCAUUCAAACAUGCAACAGAAACUCACCCGAUUCCACUGCCUCCAGACGGUUUCGGGAGUGAGUCACAUCAUCAAGAAAUACUCAGCAACAUUAGAUUUUUUCUAAUGGGAGAGGACGGAGAAGAAACAAACCUGCCGCCUCUGUAUACGUCACCAGGAGACAUCGAAGCUGUUGAAAGCGUUUUGUGCCUACUGAAUGAACGCCCUGGUCAGCAAAUGAAUGCAGGAAGAGACAACAUCCGCGUAUACUCUGUGUGCAAACUGUUUCACGAACUCCGGAAUGCAAGCAUGGGUGUUCCGAGUGAUGUGAUCUUGUCUCCCAACUUCUUGGAUGAACGCGAGCUGAUUAAAAAAGACUUGAAAUAUGCGGAGGGAAUCUCACGCGACUUCCAUGAACUACAAACAAUGCGACACUGCAGUCUGUGGCAUUUGCUGAGUUGGAGUACCUUCAUUGUGGAUGAGUGCUGUGGGCCGCUGGCGAUAGAAAUUGUUCCAGAAAAACAUCUCACUUUCAGCUCCUAUCUUACCACGCACGUGAUUCGCUGCUGCAAUCAGAAAAUUGUCCCUAAGCAACAGCAGUGAAGCAGAAUAAACCAGUACAACAAGUGAGCGCAGUAGGAGACUUCCGGCCAAUGUUACAGCGGCCCGUGCGUCCUCUCCGCAGACCCAGAGACCCCAAUGAAGUGAACUUGAUGCGUGCCCUCUCCAAGCAGUGAGAACAACUGUGUGAACAUCACUUUCUCCUAACCCCAGUGAGGCAGAGGCUACCCCCAGUUGGCCCCAGACGUAGGGUUGGUACCGCCCCGCAGUUACAAUAUAUUGGAUCCCCUGCAACUGGAUCAGGUUAUUUUGUACCCCAUAGAUUUCUGUCUUUCUGCUGAGUGUUUGAAUGUUUAAUGUAUGUAUCAUAUUUGUUCUUAUAAAAAGUUUAUACCCGAACUCUCAUGCUCUUCCUAUUAACAGUAGCCUGUAAUAGUAUGUGUUUGUCUAAGUAUUAAAUUAUAAACAUUAAUAUGUCAA